GAACAGGUGGGGGAGGACCGACCGACCGAGGAGGAACAUUUUCACAUCAGCAGAGCCAGAGCAUGUACAAGGCAAAAGGGAAAGCGCUCGGCGUCGUCCCCUCUGCAGGAGCAACAGCUGAUUUAGUGAGCGCGUAAGCAGCAGAGAGUGCAAGCUACUUACUGUCGGUGCACAGCCAGCCUCCUGCUCUGUCACACGGGCUCAGACGGUGACUGUGUCGGUGGUGCAGAGCGCGGCGGACUCGGUGGACAUUAACGGUACCGGGACAGACUGGAGAGAGAGAGAGAGAGAGAGAGAGAGAGAGAGAGAGAGAGAGAGAGAGAGAGAGAGAGAGAGAGAGAACCGCGCGCACUGAAGAGCACAGCCGACGCUUUUCAUGGAAAUAUCACGAGUUGAAAAGCAAACAUAAGCACCUUGCAUGAAGAAAUCGGGGAGCAGACGACUUGGAUUAUACAGCGCUGUCCUCCUUUGCCUUGACUGAGAGGAGUCGACUACAAAUUCCCCCCAAAAAAUGUUUACCGGGCAACAGGCCGUGCAUUAGGGCUCUUUUGCUAUAAGGCCCAGCUGAACAAGAAACCGAGCACUUUUCUCUCUCCCACACACACUUUUUUUUUUUUGGAAGCCGAACUUUUGAGAGUGGAAAAUGGGUCUUUGAGAGUGUUUGGCACAUUUCCCUACACCACAAUGGCAAGCGAAACCUUUCUGUUGAACGAAGAACCCUCCAGAGGUCCUGGGAUGCCUGAAUGCUUUGUAGUAUCAGAUUCAUACAGGUAUUACCCUACUCACCUUCUAAACAAUGCCUUAGUGGAUGAAUUUCAUCCCUUCAUUGAGGCCCUCCUCCCCCAUGUCCGUGCCUUCUCCUACACCUGGUUCAACCUGCAGGCCCGUAAGCGCAAGUACUUCAAGAAGCACGAAAAGAGGAUGACCAAGGACGAAGAGCGCGCGGUGAAGGACGAGCUGUUGGGGGAGAAGCCAGAGAUCAAGCAGAAGUGGGCCUCGCGCCUGCUGGCCAAGCUCCGCAAGGACAUCCGGCCCGAGUUCCGUGAGGACUUUGUGCUCACCAUCACGGGGAAGAAGCCACCCUGCUGCGUGUUGUCCAACCCCGACCAGAAGGGCAAGAUCCGCCGCAUCGACUGCCUCCGCCAGGCCGACAAGGUGUGGCGGCUGGACCUGGUGAUGGUCAUCCUGUUCAAGGGCAGCCCCCUGGAGAGCACGGACGGGGAGCGGUUGGUCAAAUCGCCCCAGUGCUCCAACCACGGGCUGUGUGUCCAGCCGCACCACAUUGGAGUGGCGGUCAAGGAGCUGGACCUCUACCUGGCCUACUUCGUCCACUCACCAGAACAAUCAGGGCAAUCAGACAACUCAAACCAGCAAGGAGACACAGACGUCAAGCCCUCACCAAAUGGCCACUUGAGUUUCCAGGACUGCUUUGUGACUUCAGGGGUGUGGAACGUAGCCGAGCUGGUCCGUGUGUCGCAGACCCCGGUGGCUACAGCGACCGGACCCAACUUCUCCCUGGCUGACCUGGACAGCCCUGGCUACUAUAACAUCAACCAGGUGACCCUGGGACGGCGCUCCAUCACCUCCACCCCCUCCACCAGGACUGAAAUGGAGCUUUAUGCAAGUCUCCCACGGAGCUCCAACAAGCGCAAGUCCAUUGACGACAGCGAGAUGGAGAGCCCGGUGGACGAUGUCUUCUACUCAGGCCGCUCCCCGGCGGCCGGCAGCAGCUCUCAGUCCAGCGGUUGGCCUAAUGAUGUGGAUGCAGUGCAGCACCAUUUGGCCAGUGUGCAGGAGAGGAAGAUUAAGCAUGAGAGCGAUGGAGUGCAGUUUCCUUACCAUGGACUCUCAUCGCCUGGUUCUCUUAAGAAGCCGGGGAAAUUCGAUUUCAGCGCCCUGUCCUCCCAGACGAGGUCCCCCCGCAUGGCGUUCACCCACCACCCACUGCCAAUGCUGGCGGGAGUGAGACCAGAAAUGUCUCUGUUGGCAGGGAGUCCCCGUGCUUCAGCCUCGGCCUUGCACUUUCCGUCUCCCUCCAUCAUCCAGCAGUCUAGCCCCUACUUCACCCACCCAACCAUCCGCUACCACCACCACCCUGGGCAAGACCCCCUGAAGGAAUUUGUGCAGUUUGUCUGUGCUGAUGGCUCGGGGCAGGCCGCCGGACAGCCAAACGGGAGCGGCCAGAGCAAAAUGCCAGGCUCCUUCUUGCUGCCUCCACCUCCCCCAGUGGCCCGCCCAGUGCCCCUCCCUAUGCCCGACUCUAAACCCAACAGCACGCCCCCUGACGGCGGACUCUCCUCGCCCGCAUCUCCGUCAUACUCCACGUCAGGCGCCACAGCUCCCAACAGGUUUGUCGGCAUCGGAUCACGGGACAACAACUUUCUGAACAUCCCGCAGCAGACACAGUCUUGGUUCCUCUGACAAGAUCUGUGUACAACCCAGCAACUAGAAUUCUUUCUUUACAAUCGGAAAUAGAAAAACAGAGAAACAACCCGCAGGACAAUAACUGUCCUCCAACCAACCCACCGACCGGCCCUGACAGUACGUCUCACCUGAUAACAAAAUAUAACCAAGCAACGCAGGAAACUACAGCAUGACGCUUUUGAGAGGAACUCUGGACUCAUUUUAUCCAGUCAGAGGGACGACCUGUUUCGAGCAAAAGAUGGAUCGAUGGAAAGAUGAAAGGAUUGACGAGAGGAUGCCAGGAGAAAGACGGGGUAAAGGGACGAACGGCAGCAAGCAGGUCUCUCCUGAAACCACCGAACCAGCACAACACAGCAACGCAGGAGGAACCUGAGCAGGGGAACAGCGGUCAACUUCUCCUGCUUCGUGAGGACGCAUUGUGUAAUGAAUGGCUAAGAAAAUCAACAGUCCAACAAAAAAAGAAUCAGGUUUCUACAACACAGAUGUAACAUUUCCCCACAAUGAAUCUACAGCAAAGCAAAGACACUGUUUGGUGUCCAAUGAAAGCUGCAGUCCAUGAUCCUGUGAUGUCUGUCAUCACCCAAAACUAAAUUGACCAAUCUUUCACUCCCUCUGAAUGACUCUACAAAGUCCCUUUUUACCCUACUACUAACUAGAGUGAGACCAUGCCAAAACAUAUCUUGAUUAAGGGUUGCACUAGAAGCUGAAUCAAUUAACACUAAUCUUAACGAUGUGCACUAUUUACCUACAAGGCAUGGGAGGUAAACCAGACUUGCCUGUUUUAAAGAGGAAAAACCGAGGUACUAGAAGCCUUCACGUGUCCUCUCCCCCCCCCCCCCAUCGUUCAGUUUGACAAAUCAUUGGCCUCCGCUCAUUCUCACAUCUCCCCGCACAGCACGCACUCACACAAUGAACACAGCAUGUGUGUACGAUUGAAAACACACACAGUUGCCCAGUCAGACCUUUUAGAUUGUAGUAUUCAUAGGUGGUGGUGUUGUGUUAUCAUAUUUUCAUUGUAUAUGCACACAGUAAGCCCAGCAAAGUAUUCGAUUAGAUAUCCAAACAUCGCACACACACACUGAAAAUCACAGUAUAUGUGUGUGUGUGUGUGUGUACAUCAUUACUGACAGUUUUCACGACUAUAGACAGCAGCUAUUGGUUCCCCCUUUGCCCUCUUGUAAUGUAGAUGAAUGAUUUUGUUAUCUCUUGUGUGUUCUCUUAUUUGAAUUUAUUCCUUUUGGAUUUGUACUAUUUUAUAAUUGUUUUGUAUUUGAAUGACAGCACCUUAUAGAGAAACACAAUAAGAAGUGGGAUGUUGAGGCGGUGUAGACAGGGUGGUCGGCUGACCUGGAUCAAAUAGUAUGUGCGAAAGCUCAAAGACGAAGUUUGCCGUUUUGGAUUUUUUACCAAGAGUUGGAUGAGAAGAUUGUUACCUCUCUCAAGUCUGUACAUGAAAUAAGAGGCUACCAAGAGCAGCUGGUUAGCUUAGGUUAGCAUAAAGGCUGAAAACAGAGAGAUACAUCUAACGCACCUCUGCUGGUGCGUCUGAACGCAACCUUAAGCCUGGAGACAGCGUGGGACGGGACUCCUUAAAGACAUGUACGCCCUACGCCUCGUCCGUUGCAGUAUUCUCCGACACAACACAAACACAAUAUUCUGAGAAGAUGCAAAAGAGUUUUACCGGCAAAAAGCCAUAGACCAAACAUUGAAUUGUAAUUAACGGAAAACUCUUAUCUCAUAUCAAAUAUUCAUGGACAUACUUUAUUGCCUUUACACGGUCCCUUUAAAAAUAUUUGGAACAACAAAUGUAUUCUAAUAAGACAAAGUUUGAAAGGUUGAAUAUCCUGUAAACAAUCUGAUUGGGCUGGCAAAAUAUUUACUCAAAUGUAGAUUUCUAAGAUGUCCUGUGAUGCUUUAGUGGUGCUGGGAGGCAGAUUUUGUUAUCUUUGGAUCGAGCCAGGCCAGCUGUUUGCCGUCUUUGUGCUAAGCUAUGCUAACCGGCUGCCUGCGAUGGCUUCGUCUUUAACAGGCAGACACGAGGGAGGUGUCCAUCUUCUCGUCUAACUCUCAGCGAAAAAGCGUCUUUUCCACAAUGUCAAACUGGUUUGUUUGUUCUCAGUGCCAGAUAAACCUAUUUGCCACUCACUGUACAUGGAAGACCACACAAUGCAGGGUUUUGACAAUCACAGGAAGCUUAUUUUCUGGGAAAUGUACUUGCUGAACCACACAGGUCAACACCCAUCUACUAUUUGGCCCAGGGACUGCUGGUGGUGGUGGUUAUAUGAGUGAUAGAAAAACCGAACCAAGGAGGGAAGGUUGCUGAAGAUGGGACCCAGAGUAAAGGAGAGUAGCUCUUCUUUCUGUCUCCCUAAAAGUUUACCCUGUUGUUUACACUCCCAGACGGGCCGCUGCUCCAAGAGCAGAGGGAGCCACACUGUGGAGCAAAAUGAAUAUGUGACAUAUCUGGCUGUUUGAGAGGGAACGAGGGCCUCUAAGGCUUAGCAGUAGGACGAUCACCCACGUGCCCACUUUUGUUUUGGUGCACAGGAUGAGGUAAAGGAUAUCGGUUGCUAUGGUAUUCCCCCCCAACACACACACACACACACACACACACACACACACAUGCACACACCAGCACUCCCCCUAUUGUGAAUCGAUGAGCCCUUAAUGAUCAAAACUGCACUAAAACAAUCAUACCAGCCAAUCUUUUCAUAAGAAUUACAGUAGAUUGAGCACCGCUUAGUGUUUCAGAUCAGAGGAUGCAUCACUGCGAUGGAAACAAAGCGCUCAGACUUCUUAAACACACAGACUUAUAAAGACCACUCACUAUUUACGCAAACUUGUCCCCCGUGCCCGACUGAAUUCAAAGGGAAGUCUUAAAAAUAGACAAUCUGAGGAGGCCUUUAUGCUUUUAAUCGUUUUAUAUCAUUAGCCCACGACAUUUUCUGACUGAUUCAGUUAUUUCCUGUUAAAAGUUCAAAUCAUCCGACCUCACAAAAUAACUGGACUGCCUGGCCAUGUUCUUCACUGCAGGGAAACACAACAUAGUUGGCCACGCGAAUGGCGACCAUCUCAUCAGCUUCGUAGAGAGAACUAGCUCUGCUGAGUACGGCGUUAGCGAUGGCUAAAGUGAUUUCUUUUCUAAUCUAUGGAAGUGCCUCUGUAUUCCCAUUAUGCAAUUUGUCAAACAUGAAUUCAGGUUCUUUUUUCUCACAUAUAAGCUAUAGUGAAUGGUGAAAAAAUUUAUGUCAGGAGAGAGGUGGGGAAAAAACGGUGACAGCUCACUAGAUAAUCGCAAGCAUCUUUAUAUAUAAUACACAUAUAUAUUUAUAGAUAUAUACAUUUUUUUAUUUGCAAGAUAAGCUCUGUGGCAGUCUAGUUAUUUUUUGAAGCAUGGCGUACAUCGCACAGUCAUAGGAUGCAUCUCAAAAACCCGCCGAUUAGAGCUAAAGUACCAGUCUCUAAACCCACAUGAAAUGACGUAAAAUAAAAUCCAUGGCAAACACAACGAUAGAUUCAUAGACAGUGAUGAUAAUGUAGUUGAGGAUAAUUGAAAAAAGAACAGAUUAGGUUUUGUUGUUUUCUUUCUUGUUUUGAUGGGAAGUAUUGUUCUUGAAACUAAAUGAUGUAUGUUGAUUGAGCCAUGUGCAAUGCCUUGGUAGAGGAAUUGUGUUUGUUUGUUUGAGGGUGUCACGAGAAAAGAGGGGAAAUCCUCAACGUUUUUUUGUUUAUUUUCAAGUCCACAUGCUCUGGGACUCUAAAUACGAGGGCGGCGAGAAAAAUAUCCCAGUCUUUGUAAGUAAGUUUGGGGAAAUUGUUUUUAAUUUCCUUUUUGUUGUUUUUUUGUUUUUUGUUUUAUCACUUUUUUAAGAAAAUAAACUUUAUUUCUAAUUUGUUUUCAAAAUGUGGGAGGGCUGAAGGAACAAUUUUGCAACUCAUAAAAUAUAUAUCACUAUGAAACCUGGUGCUUUCGUAAAGAAUAAAGUACAUUCAAUCUCUAUUAUACAUAAAUAAUAAUAAACGAAAUUAAGUGUUAUCAUAAAAGCAAAUUUUAGGAAAACAUGCAUUAUUCUAUUUCUCUUUUUUGUAUUUACCGAGGGGGGAGGGGUUCAUUGUAUGAAAAGGUUGUUGUGACAAAAGGCAUUUUUCCCCCCCAACCUUUACACCAUGUAGGAACAGUCGAAAGGGAAAAAAAUGUAUCCAACACUUGUGAUCCUCGUGUGGGACAAUGACAAGCUUCCCCAAUUUGGGAGAUGCACAAUUAGGGAUUCAAAGAAAGAAAAAUGUGAUGAUAUCUGGUUUAAUGUGUUAUUUGGUGUAAACGUGUCGUUGGUUCAGGGAGAGGGAAAUAUCAACCUCUGUCUGGUCAGAGGGGUGCUGUCAUCAAUUCAAGUGAACCCCACCCCCCCUCCCCUCUUCCCCCCCCGAAUCCCCAUCUCCCACUGUAAAUGAUUAUAAAUAUUUGUUUGGUGAUGUAGUGUUAUAGACUCAGAGCAUCUUAAAGGUUGUCCCUAAAAAGUGCCUUUUGUUCACAGAUUCCAUCUUGUAAUCCUGAGUGCCCAUCUCGGAAAAAAAAAAAAAAAAAACGUCCCCUCCUUCAUACUUCUAUAUCUUUCUCUUCCUCUUCUUGGAGCUUUUUAAAGCAGUAUACAUAGUACUAAAGGAAAUUGGUGUGAUUUAGUUCCUCUUUUUAUUGUUGAAUAAUUAAGAAAAGCAUAAAAAAAGCCACAAAAAAAAGAUAUUUUCUGUCUUGCUUCUCUUCCUCUGUAUCUUGUCUUCUGUCUAUCUUGGACACUGGAUUAGUCUGUAGCCGCGUAACCCUCUCCUCCCCUCCCCCUCCCUUUUCUCCCUUUUCUCUGAACGGCGGGGUUUAAAAAAGAAAAAAAAAAAAAAAAGAAUACGCAAAGAUUUUUUUGUCUGAGCAGAAUGCAGUUAGCUCACAUGUUAUUCUU